AUGGCGUUCGUGUUACCAUCUCCCAUAGUCUCUCCACUAGGAAUCAACAUCGACAUGAAUAAGAAUCUGGGUGUCUCGUAUUCUUCUUUCCCCAAAUUUCACGCCUUCAGGGUCUCUAGUCCACUGCGUAUUCGAAAAUCCGUCGUCACUGUCGUUUCGAGCCGUAAAAGUGCGAAAUCAGAUUUAGGAACUGAUUUGGCAAGGGAGGAUAAGAAAUUGUUGUUGGAACGAUAUGGUUAUGAUGCCAAUUCUUUUUCAUCUCAAUCCAAGAAGACGAGAAGAAAAGAAGAGGAAACGAGUGGAAGGAGCAGCCAAAAAGAGGAAGAAGUUGUUGCACAGCCAAGAACAACUCAUAGGUUACUUCAGGUUCUUGCAGGAACAGCCAAACGAAAGAAAUUGCUUUCUCUCAAGGGAAUGGAUGUGAGACCUAUGAUGGAAGUUGUUAAAGGGGCAGCUUUUGGAAUUCUCCAGGCUGCUGGUGGUUGUCCAACGUCUCUGCGUCCUGGAAGGUGGUUGGAUUUAUACAGUGGUACAGGAUCUGUUGGAAUUGAAGCAAUCAGUCGAGGAUGUUCUGAGGCACACUUUGUUGAGAUGGAUCCUUGGGUUGUUUCAAAUGUUCUACAACCAAACUUGGAACACACUGGGUUUGUUGAUGCUUCGGUUAUACACACUGCUCGAGUCGAAAACUUCUUGGAACGUGCAGAGAAAUUAGCAGGUAAGGAUGGUGCAUUUGAUUAUAUCAGCGUUACGCCGCCGUACAUGGAGGUUGAUUAUGAGGUUCUGAUGGAUCAGAUUUCUAAGUCGGCUGCAAUUGGGGAAAAUACAUUUAUUGUGGUUGAGUAUCCUUCACGAACCACUAUGCUUGAUUCAUGCGGAUGCCUUGAAAAGAUGACUGAUCGAAGGCAGGGAACAGAGGCUGAGAUUGAAGAGCUAGUUUGUUCCAAACCUUUGAAUACUAUAGUGCUUUUGUCCAUCAGUCACCAUUUUGUUUGUAGCCAAGUCCCAAGACUGAAGCAUGUUGCGGUCUUAUGA